AUGGCCGACCGAGAUGUCAGGGAUCGCGCCCCUAGGGUCCGCAACAGGGCUCCCGCUGCUGUCCAGAUCACAGCGGAGCAAUUACUUCGUGAAGCCCAGGAGCGCCAAGAACCCGGCGUGCAGGCUCCCAAGCAGCGAGUUCAGGAUCUUGAAGAGUUGUCAGAGUUCCAAGCAAGGAAGAGGACAGAGUUCGAGGGACGGAUCCGAUACUCGAGGGACAGUAUCAUGGCUUGGAUCAAAUACGCACAAUGGGAAUCCAGCCAGAAUGACUUUGAUCGCUCGAGAUCCGUUUUCGAGCGUGCAUUGGAUGUGGACCCGCGAUCUGUUGAUCUUUGGACCAAGUACACAGAUAUGGAACUGAAAGCGAGAAACAUCAAUCAUGCGAGAAAUCUCUUUGACAGAGCCAUUACGACCCUUCCCCGAGUUGACUCGCUUUGGUACAAGUAUGUCUAUCUCGAAGAGCUUCUCCUCAACGUUCCCGGCGCUCGGCAGAUCUUUGAGCGAUGGAUGCAAUGGGAGCCGAAUGACAAGGCGUGGCAAUCGUAUAUCAAACUGGAGGAACGAUACAACGAACUUGAUCGGGCUUCCGCCAUCUACGAACGGUGGAUUGCCUGUCGACCUAUACCGAAAAACUGGGUGCAAUGGGCGAAAUUCGAGGAGGACAGGGGCCAACCGGACAAGGCGCGAGAGGUGUUUCAAACAGCGCUGGAAUUCUUUGGCGAUGGAGAAGAGGAAGUGGAAAAGGCGCAGGUUGUGUUCGGGGCCUUUGCGAGGAUGGAGACCAGAUUAAAGGAGUUUGAGAGGGCUAGGGUGAUUUACAAGUUUGCUUUGGCGAGGUUGCCCAGAUCCAAAUCUGCAAGCUUGUACUCUCAAUACACCAAGUUUGAGAAGCAGCAUGGUGAUCGUGCCGGUGUAGAGUUGACUGUUUUGGGCAAGCGUCGAAUCCAAUAUGAGGAAGAACUUGCCUACGACCCGACAAAUUAUGACGCCUGGUUCUCACUCGCUCGCUUGGAAGAGGAUGCUUAUCGAGCGGACAAGGAAGAUGGUAGCGAAGACGCGAACCCUACGAGGGUUAGGGAGGUUUACGAGAGAGCUGUGGCCAAUGUGCCCCCGGCUAUCGAAAAGAGAUACUGGCGAAGAUACAUCUACCUGUGGCUGCAAUAUGCCGCGUUCGAAGAAAUCGACACCAAAGACUUUGACCGAUCUCGAGACGUCUACAAAGCUGCCAUCAAAUUAGUCCCCCAUAAAUCCUUCACGUUCGCCAAGCUCUGGCUGUCAUAUGCCUACUUUGAGAUUCGCCGUUUGGACGUGACGGCUGCGAGGAAGGUUCUGGGCGCGGGUAUCGGAAUGUGUCCCAAGCCUAAACUCUUUACUGGCUAUAUCGAGCUGGAGAUGCGAUUGCGAGAGUUUGAUCGUGUGAGGACGCUCUACGAAAAGUUCCUCACUUUCGACCCAUCGCUCAGUUCCGCCUGGAUCCAAUGGACCCAAGUGGAAUCAGCUGUCGAAGACUUUGAGCGUGUGCGAGCCAUCUACGAACUUGCUGUUCAACAAGCUCUCGACAUGCCUGAAGUCGUCUGGAAAGCAUAUAUCGACUUUGAGGCUGGCGAGGGUGAGCGCGAGCGAGCCCGAAGCCUUUACGAACGCUUGCUCGAAAGGACAAGCCACGUCAAGGUCUGGAUCUCGUACGCUCUCAUGGAAAUCGCAACUCUUGGUGGGGGCGAGGACGAGGACGGCAACGAGAUCGAAGGCGAGGCUGGCGAUGUGGAGGCGGCUAGACAAGUGUUUGAAAGAGGUUACAAGGACCUCAGGAAGAAUGGCGAGAAGGAGGACAGGGCGGUCUUGCUUGAGGCUUGGAAGACGUUCGAGGAGGAACAUGGCGAUGACGAGAAUAAGGAGACUGUGGAGCAAAUGAUGCCCACAACAAGAAAGAGGUGGAGAGAGGCCGAAGAUGGCAGUGGCAUGGAAGAGUACUGGGAUCUCAUAUUCCCCGACGACGAGAAGGAGGCCAACCCUACGACCUUCAAGUUCUUCCAGGCUGCGCAAGAAUGGGCUGCCAAGCGUGGGGCACAAGGGGAAGAGAGUGGUGGGCUGUCCUACGACAUGCCAUCAGACUCUGACGACGACGAUGACGGAGAAGCGGGUGAAGGCGAAGGAAUGGACGAAGAUUGA